AUGAUUCGUCCUCCUCCAUACAAGUUUUCUCUGCUCCGUGUUCAACAGCUCUCCCCGUGGCACCUGGAAAAAGAGGACAGAGAGGAGCGUUUGCUCUCCCGGGAGAUGCGGCGAUCCAAUCCCAGGAGGAUAGAUGCGCCACCCCCGAUGCCCACCAACAUCACCAUGGACAUCACCAGGCAGUGCAUCUUUGUGGAGCCCCUGCCCGUGCCACCUACCACACCCACUUCCAGCAUAACCACCACCCCUGCCCCCACCACACCUCUGGCCCCGCCAGGGGAUGCCCCGCACAUGAAGGGCGAGUACCCCAAGGACCUGUUCUCAGUGGAAGACAGGCGAAGGGGCUGGGUGGUCCUCCAUAUCCUGGGCAUGAGCUACAUGUUUGUGGCGCUGGCCAUUGUCUGCGACGAGUUCUUCGUGCCAGCGCUGGGCGUCAUCACCGACAGGCUCGCCAUCUCGGACGACGUCGCCGGCGCCACCUUCAUGGCCGCCGGCGGCUCGGCGCCCGAGCUCUUCACCUCCCUCAUCGGCGUCUUCAUCUCGCACAGCAACGUGGGCAUCGGCACCAUCGUGGGCUCGGCCGUCUUCAACAUCCUCUUCGUGAUCGGCAUGUGCGCGCUCUUCUCGCGCACGCUGCUGCACCUCACCUGGUGGCCGCUCUUCCGGGACGUGUCCUUCUACAUCCUCAGCUUGCUGCUGCUCAUCGUCUUCUUCCUGGACAGCACGAUCCACUGGUGGGAGAGCGUCCUGCUGCUGCUGGCCUACGUGGCGUACGUGACGUUCAUGAAGCACAACGCGGAGCUGGAGCAGAUGUUCAUGGAGCAGCUCAGAAAGCACCAGGGCAUCGUCACCGCCAUGGGCAUGGAGGAGCCGGAGAAGGUGAAGCCAGCUUUGCAGCGUGGGGGAAGUACUGCAUCACUGCACAACAGCACUAUGAGAAACACCAUAUUCCAGUUGAUGAUACACACCCUAAAUCCUCUGGAAGAGACCCAAAAGACCCAGCCGGGCUCUGUCACAGUGCAGGUGACCCCACCACCUGAGCCCUCCACCUCUCAACCACCUAAACAGGAGGACAAGAAAGAAGCAGAGAAAGAGAAGGAGGCUGAAGAUGCUGAUUGUUCAGAAGACAGUGAUGAGGACAGUGAUGAUGAUGAUGAGGAUGACAGUGAUGAUGACGAUGAUGAUGAUGACGAUGAUGACGAAGAUGAGGAUAGUGAGGAUGAAGAAGAAGAGAAAGAUGAACCACUCUCGUUAGACUGGCCUGAUACGGAGCGUAAGCAGGCCACCUAUCUCUUCCUGCUGCCCAUAGUCUUUCCCUUGUGGCUGACAAUACCUGACGUACGCCGACCGGCGUCAAAGAAAUACUUUGUUGGGACCUUUUUGGGCUCUAUCAUGUGGAUUGCUAUAUUUUCUUACCUCAUGGUGUGGUGGGCUCAUCAGGUGGGUGAGACCAUUGGCAUCUCAGAAGAGAUUAUGGGAUUGACCAUCCUGGCGGCGGGCACCUCCAUCCCUGACCUCAUCACCAGUGUGAUAGUAGCACGCAAGGGCUUGGGCGACAUGGCUGUGUCCAGCUCUGUGGGCUCCAACAUUUUUGACAUCACAGUGGGGUUGCCCGUGCCAUGGUUGCUGUACUCCCUGUCUCACGGUGGCAGUGCUGUACCCGUCAGGAGCAACGGCCUCUUCUGCGCCAUCGUGCUUCUCUUUCUUAUGCUGCUCUUCGUCAUCAUCUCCAUCACGGCGAGUCGCUGGAAGAUGAGCCAGCGCCUGGGCCUGAGCAUGUUCAUGCUCUACUUCCUCUUCCUGGUCCUGAGUGUUCUCCUCGAGAAGCGCAUCAUCCCCUGUCCUGUCUCUGUCUGACCGGUCUGACCGCACCAGGAGUCACCGGGCGACGUCUGUCCACAACAUUAUGCUAUUGGAAGUUGAAUGAUGGGACGAAACGUCUUAUUGGGCAUCCAUUACAAGAACAGGACAGUGGCACUUAUGUACUGAAUGGCUGUGAUCUCACACCAGCAGUCAAUAAAGCCAUAAAGGAGAGAGACAUUGUGAGAGAGCAAUAGCUGCUUCUGAAUCAGAGAAGAAAUGCGUGAUCACUAUUGUUGGCCUUUGAGCUUACUGAGCAUGCUGAACUGUGACUUCUGUUUCUAUAGUACAGAGAUCCCAUUAAAGGUGGUUUGGAACUCAGAACUUUUUGAGCUGGACAAAAGUGUCAGAGAAUAGUUAACUCACACGCACAUACAUACGCACACACACAAUCUAGACAUGGUCGAAUCCAACUGAAACUAAAUACAAACAUGCAAGUGAAGGAAACAUGCAAGGAAUUCAGGAUUGGGCACGGUUGUCUACUUUCUCUUCAAUGUUACUUUCACCACUUGUCAAAAACAUGUUGUCCACAGCUAAUGCUCUGUGUAUGGAAACAGACACGGGGGCACACUCUUGGGGCAGUGCAUUAACUCUUGUGAAGUUUAUUAAGAUCAACUAUAGAGAGACUUACUGUAUGUGUCCACCAUAAGAGUGCCUUCCAGCAUCACACUGUGCUUCUGCGACAGUUUCACUCCCAAGGAUCAGACUGGUGUGUAAUCUGUUAUAUUCAUUAUAUUGAACACAGGGUUAUGGAGUCCCAUUUAUAGAUAUUGUUGUUAUUCCAUUCCAUUUGGUUGUUUAAGGGAGCUGUUGUAUGUUUAGUAACUGCAAGCAGAGAAAUUAUGUAUGAAAUAUUUAUACUCAUUUAGCACAGAUUUGGAGACUAGUCCUUUGGACAAGAACCGAAAGACUACUUCUGCAUAUACUGAUCUGAGUGGUAUAUAUACUGUUGUGAAUGUUGUGUUUGCUCCAUAUACCCAGUGUUGAAAUCUGAGAAUAGAGACAUGUACAGUUCCAUGUAUGGCCUAAAGGUUCUUCCUGGCACCAGAACACAAAGUUUCUUUUUGGCAUGUUUGUACCCAUGACCUGGUACCAAACAGUGACCUUAAAAAGAAAGAUAAAAUAUGUGGAAAUGGAAAGAGAAAGUGUGGCCUCUUCACAAACCUUUAAGGGCUUUUUGAAUCUCAUCUCAAGUGUGUUGUUAAGGCAUUUUCAGAGCUCUCGAUAUAAAGCUAUCACUCACCCAAUAUAAGCCAUCGCUUGGUUGACAAUAUACAAGGGAACAGUAAUGUGACUUGUCAAGAGAAAAUGUGUUUGGGUUAGGAGUAUUAUGACUAAUGCAUUUUGAGGGAAAGAUGACUAUUAGAUUGAUGGCAUAUUAGAAUAAUAUACACUGUCCUUAACAAAUGAACAGUUUGUAUCUUUUUUGUUAUUGGGAGAAAGAAUCUAAUUA